AUGGCUGAAAACAACAAUACUUCACAACCUUUGGGAUCCCUUGCCUUCUCCACAGCCAUCAAUACUGCUGUAACAACUCCACUGUGGUUAUUCUUUGAUCAUCCAAAAAAGAAAAUUAAUGGAACAUCUCUGAGAGGAGUUUAUCAAAUUCAUCAAGUUUCGGAUAUUAAAAAUGUUAUUGAAGAAAGUGGAUUGCAAACACAAGAAAAUGUCAUUGAAUAUGAAUGGUUACUUUCACCAAUUGGUGAAAAUCCACUAAAAUCAAAAAAGAAAAAGAUGUUUUAUCAAAUUUCCAAUUCGACUUUGGAAUUCUUUAGAGAAAAUCAGGUAAAGGAAAUGAAACUUUUAGUUUGUUCAAGAGAUAUUUCACCACCAAAGAAUGCAAAAACUAUUCCAGACGAAACACCAACUAUUCAACCAAUGAUCGAAUCACCUCCAAUCAAGGAAGAAACCAAAGAAAGAAAAAAGAAGAAACAAAGAUUUAUUGAAACGACACAAGAGGAAGAACUUGAAGCUGAUUUGGAUGGUGGGAAAUGUGAUUUUUUGUGUAAUUGUGAAGAAUUGGGAAGAAAAUGUGCUCUCCCACACAAGUAUUCAGUAGUGUUUUUUGCAGUUGGACUUGUGGUUGGAUUUAUCAUUGCUGCUUUAUUGGCCACGUUGGCUGUUGCUUUAGUAAGAUGA